AUGGAUGUCCCCGAGGGCUUCAAUCAGCUGGAACUGCUUGAGACGCACGGUCACAUGAUUCCGGUUGGUACAGAGAGCGCCUGGGAGGAUGAGGAUGGUGGUGAUGAAGAUGACGAGGGGCACCGCAGUGAGGAGUGGUACCAGCAGCAGGAGAUGAAAUUAAAAGAUAAGCCUUCGGAACUCUUGCUUUGGGCUGCAGAAAAGAACCGGCUGGCCACGGUGGAGCGUCUCCUGGCGGGAGAUCCUUCUCUUUUGCGUUGCCGUGACGAAGACGGUUACACCCCUCUGCACCGUGCGGCGUACAGCGGCCAUUUAGGCGUGGUCCUGGCUCUUUUGGCUGCCGGGGCAGACGUUAACGCCAGGACCGCGGACGAAUGGACGCCUCUGCACAGCAGCUGUCGUUGGGGUCACACGGCCGUGGCCUCCUGCCUGCUGCGGCACGGGGCGGAGGUCAACGCCAUGACGUCGGGCAGGCUCACGCCCCUGCAGCUGGCGGCGGGAAACCCUUUGGCCGGGCAGACGAUAGAACUGUUGCUGUCGCAGCGCCUUCUUGACGCGGGACUUAAAAACAGCGCCGGGGAGACGGCCUACGAAAUCGCCCAUCGGACAAGUCCUUACUACAGUCUGUUUGAAGUCACCGAACCCUGCAAUAACGUAUACUAA